AUGUCUAGCAAUGAUAGAUUACCCGUUUUUCCCUCACGAAUGAACUUGACCGUCAUGAAAGGCCGGUUGAAGGGUGCUCAGAAAGGACACAGUUUACUGAAAAAGAAAGCUGAUGCGUUAACCCUUCGAUUUCGAGCAAUCCUGAAGAAAAUGAUUGAUACUAAAUUGUUGGUUGGUGAUAUCAUGAAAGAAGCGAAUUACUCAUUAGCCGAAGCCAAAUUUGCUGCUGGAGAUUUUACGCAAGUAGUUCUAGAAAAAGUGGAACGUGCGAGGACUAAGAUCAGAACCGGGAAAGAUAAUGUUGCAGGUGUUCAGCUACCGAACUUUGAACCGUUUUCGGAGGGUGUAGACUCAAAUGAAUUAACUGGCUUAUCUAGAGGUGGCCAACAGGUUACUCAUGCAAGGGAAGUUUAUGCAAAAGCUGUUACUUUGCUGAUCGAUUUAGCAUCCAUGCAGACUGCAUUUAUCGUCCUUGAUGAAGCUAUCAAAGUCACCAAUAGGCGUGUUAAUGCCAUUGAACACGUUAUUAUCCCUCGAAUUGAAAACACUAUUUCUUACAUCACUUCAGAACUAGACGAAAGGGAUCGUGAGGAGUUUUACAGAUUGAAAAAAAUUCAAGAAAAGAAAAAGAAAUUGAAGGUUGCUAAAGAAGAAGAAAUGAAAAUAUUAGGCGUUGGUGAUGAAGAUACAAAGAAUAUUUUAGAGGAUUCUAAGGAUGAAGAUGUAAUAUUUUAA